AUGGGUCAGCUGCCAGUUUCUAGAACGGAGCUAGAGUUCCCAUUUUUAUAUUAUAGCGUUGACUACGCUGGGCCAGUAUUGGUAACAGACCGAAAGGGUAUAGGUUGCAAAGUAAUAAAAUCUUUUUUGGCAAUCUUUAUUUGCAAUUCGGUUAAAGCCUGUCAUAUCGAACUCGUUACGGCUCUAUGUAGUGAAGCGUACAUAGCCGCCUUAAAUCGUUUUGUUUCACGUCGCGUCAAGCCUGAAAGCAUCACGUCUGACAACGGUACCAAUUUCGUUGGUACUUGUAACGAGCUAGCUCAAUUCCUCGUACAGUCGGACCUAGAAGGUCGCAUUGCUCAAGAAGGCAUCGAAUUUAAAUUCGUGCCGGCUUAUACACCCCAUUUCAAUGGCUUAGCUGAAGAAGCCGUUCGUUCUACAAAACAUCACCUUAGACGCUUGUUACAAUUAACUCAUUUGACCUAUGAGGAGAUCGCUACAUGCCUCAUUCAAAUAGAGGCUGUACUAAAUUCUCGUCCCCUCACCCCUCUUUCCACUGAUCCCUUAGAUUUUUCCGCUCUCGCUCCUGCUCACUUUUUAAUUGGACGCUCACUUAUGUCCGUUCCUCAGCCGCAGGUUCCUGAUACGAACAUCAACCGCAUCGAGAGAUUCAGACGAGUUGAGCUGCCGAAACAACACUUUUGGAAGCGUUUUUCCUUGGAGUACGUUACAUUGCUUCAAGAAAAGUCGAAAUGGCGAACUUCAUCUAAGGAGCUAAAACUUGACUCUCUUGUUUUCGCCAAAGACAAGGCGUUGCCACCACUACUGUGGUCUUUAGGCCGAGUUACUCAGCUCUACCCUGGCAGUGAUGGAGUCACUAGAGUCGCGGAGUUAAAAACUAAGAGAGGCACCAUACGUAGAGCCUUUAAUAAUAUUUGCCCUCUUCCAGUUCUUUGA